CUUUGUUUCUCCUGAGGCCCAAAAACAAAAACAAAGAACAAAAACAAAGGCAUUUUUUUUCUUGGAAAUGGCUUGAGUAGACGGCAAUCCUGCAGCGAAUUGGGUGCGCGAGCGAGUGCGGAGUCCGACAGUUGAGCCGUCGUCUCAUCGCCAAUGUGCCAUCGCCGCUCGGCAUCGCCCUCCUACAUAGUCCUCUCGGGCCAUGAGAGGUCGGAGGCCUCGGUUUCGAAUUUGGUUCUGCUACUCUGCUGUGAGCGCCGGGAGUGAGGAGUAGAGCGCGAGAGCGACACGGCCGGUGGUCGAAGAGGAUGCCGUUGGUGCGGUUGGAGUUGAGGAACGAGUACGGGUUGGGAGAUCCGGAGCUGUACAGGGGAGGGUUCAGGAAGGAGGAGCCGAAGGCGAUCUUGGAUGGCGUCGCCGUCUCCGGCCUCGUGGGGAUCUUGCGGCAGCUGGGCGACCUCGCCGAAUUUGCUGCGGAUGUUUUCCAUGACUUGCAUGAACAAAUAACGGCCACAGCUGUCCGAGGGCGUCAAAUGAUGACACGAGUACAGAACAUAGAAUCAACAGUUCCAUCUAUUGAGAAGGCCUUUGGAAAACAAACAAGCUACGUACAUUUUGCAUAUGUUGCGGGUUCCGACUGGCAUGCCCGCAUUCGAGAUGAGCAAAGCAUCGUCCUCUCCACUGAACUGCCACGCUUUAUGAUGGAUUCAUAUGAAGAAUGCCGUGAUCCACCUCGUUUGUUCCUGCUUGACAAAUUUGACCAUGCCGGCACCGGAGCUUGUCUGAAAAGGUAUUCAGAUCCACCCUAUUUUAAGAGGGUGUGGACUGCAUCACAAAUGGAAAAUUCUGAAAAUUUUCAAAAAGAAAAGAAAGUUCAUAAAACCAAGAGGAAAGGAUCAAGACCUAGACACGGAGAAGUUAAACAUGCAGUCUACAUAUCUCAUCAUGAUAGCAGUGGUAUAAGAUUUGCAUCCCCAAGCAUUGAUGGGCAAAGAUUUUCUGCUGUGAAUGUAUCUUCACCUGAUAUGAGGUUAAAUCUUGAAUUUUUAAGUAGAUCUACAUCUUUUGCUUCAAAGACUAGAGAGAACUAUGCCGAACAAACUUCAUAUGUAAAUCCUCAGGGGGUGCCUGAUGAUCUAGACUACAGUGAAGUGCCUAAUCCUAAUUUACAUAGCAAAGAUAGCCAUCUAAGUGUUCCUGUUCUACAUGAUGAGCCAAGUGCAGAUGGUUUGUAUAAUGUUGCUCAACAUGAUUUGCCGCAAGAACAAAGUGUUCCCAGAUCAUCUUCUGUUACAUGGGAUGAAAAAUUGGAAAUAGUUAAGCCUACAAGUCCAGUAUCAUACAAUGACAUACUCGUUGACAGGGUUCAAGAUUUAGAAAAUGUCAUCAGCGUUCAAGAUUCGGAGCCUCUGCAAGUGAACUUCAAAACAGAAAAUGUUGAGCAUGCUAAAAUUGAAGCAUUGAAUCAAGAAGACAUCUUAUGUCAUAUCGGUAAAACUUCAGUACCAGUAUCUGGUGUCAGCCACUUUGAUGAAGUCAGCAGUGAGACAGAUAAUUAUGUGGAUGCACCCAACACAUUGGAUUCUGAAUCAGAGACAGAAGCUGGGUGUCACACCAAAAGUGAAGUGCAGAUACUAUCUAACUUCAGCUCACAAGGAAUGGAGCCUAGAACAGAAAUGAGACAAGUCAUAGCUGUACAAAGUUCAGAGCCCUCUGAUGUUGAAGCACAUAAUUCAUCACAUAGUUCUUUGAGUCAAGAUGUGACACCAAGAUUUUUGCAUUUAAGUUCUUUGAAUGGUUCGGAACAUGUGCAAUCACCUUAUGCCACAGAAUUUUUGCAAAAACAAGAACAAACUGUUGUUGAUGAUUUUUGUGAAAGAAAUGCUCCCAAUAUUUCUGAAACAAAAUUUCAUGCAUAUGAGUGUAUUGACAGUGUUCUCUCUCCUAUAUCAGGCACUUUCAGCUCACCAACAAUGAUGCUAGCAGAAACCAGAUGUGAGGGAUCUAUAUUGAAACCUGAUCCUCUUGCUGAUGUGUCUGGUGUUCCUUCCAUUAAGCUUUGGACAAAUGGUGGCCUUUUUGGAGUUGAACCUUCAAAACCACCAGAGCUUGGAUCUGUGAAUACUCAAAGUAAGAAUUUUAUAUCUGAUUCUAGAAAUUUUGCAUCUGACUUUUCAAGUCGCACACUGAAGUCUCAGACACUUGUUAAUGAAUCAGAUGCACCAUGUAUGCAAAAUGAACCUACAUCAGUAGAUGCCAACUCCCAAGGGAAGGUGGCUGGCGAACCAACUAAUUUGGAUUCCUCAGUUCAAAGCAAUUCAACUGAGGAUCAGUUUUUUGCAAGAGGAUAUAAUACUGUUCAAAAGUUCAAAGGUUCUCCAUCCUGCCAUGACAAUCAACAUGUAUAUAAUGUCAAACAGGACUCAAAUGUAUCUGCUGAACCUUUUCUACAGAGGAAAUUUGAACAUAAUUCUGAAGACACUGAUGUUAGCAAUUAUGCUAGCUCUGAUAAACUUGACAUGACAAGAAAUAGUGCCUCUAGUGGAGCUCCUUUAACAGAUAUUUAUUGUACUGGAUCAAGACAAAAUGGGCCUAGCCAAAGCACUGUGGGUAUCUCAUCCAGUUUUUCUGAGCUUGCACAGAGGUUUCUUGCAAAUACUAUCCAUAGAGAAGCAUCACUUUCCACACCUUCAGGAAAUAUAAACACUGAAAUAAGAAAACCAAAGGGUGCAACUUCCUGUCUUCAUGAUGAUAUAGAAGUGUCAAAUGAAGUUGCAUCCCAAAGAACCGAUGAACAAAGUACCAACAAAAAGGUUGCUCAUGUACCAGCAAAAGAACCAGUCUCUUUUACUUCAUAUUACCAUGAGCAAUCUUCUCCGCCACUUGAAUAUAUGAAAAUCUCUUCUCAUCCUAUGAAUGGCUUGGAUAAUUCUAAAUUGAAGUUGGAUUUUUCCGGUGGCAAUCUCCAUGAAAAUAGUGAAGAUGCUACCUUUCCAUCAUUUCAGUUGCAUCACGGCCCUGUUGAUAAUUUGCCAGUUGUUCUCUCUGAGUCAGAUGAUGACACCUUCCAUAGAUCUUGUCCAUAUUCUUCAGAGGAACUUCUCAGUCCUCGCUCAUAUACAAGCUCUGAACAGUGGGAACAAGAAGGAAGAAGUGAAUAUGUAGACCAUGAGUUAAAUGAUGUUCCAUACAGGUUUCAAUCCUCAACUACAUCCAUCUCUAGAUCUAUGGGAUUUGAGCAAAUGAAUCAUUCAAGUAUUAGCAAACCAGAUGGAUUGGAAAAAUUUGAUGCUAUCAUUGACAGUAGCAAAGUGCCGUCUCAGUCAGUGUCUGCCAUGGAGCUUCCUGGUCUUGAUUCUGUUCUAUCUGUGAAAAACCAACAAGAAAGAAAAUUCCCCUCUCUGCGAGAAAAUCCAGCAAAUGUUGAAGUGCAAUCAACAAAUGAGCUGCCACCACCCCCACCUCUGCCCCCUAUGCAGUGGAGGACAUUUAAGUUAUCAAUUAAAUUAGAUGAUAAUGAUCCUAAUAUUUCCAGCAAUCUCAAUCAUUUGGAUGAAUUACAACCACUAAGGUGUCCUUCCCAGAUAAAGGAGCAAUAUUUGCCAGGAUCUCCAUUUGUCAACGAACCAAUUUCACCACAUUCCGACAAAAUACAAGAUCAACUGAAAUUAAAUUGGGAGAAAAGGUCAACUCGUAGUGUCAGUCAUAAAGAAGUGGACAGAAGGGAGGACCUGCUUGAUCAAAUCAGAAAUAAGUCAUUUAAUCUGAGGCGAGCCAAAAUAUCCAUGCCAAGAGACAUUCCACGGCCCAAAACCAGCAUUACCAAUGCCAAUGUUGCCGCAAUCUUGGAAAAGGCAAGCGCUAUUCGCCAGGCAUUUGUGGGCAGUGAUAAGGGCGGUGAUGAUGACAACUGGACCGAUGCUUGACAUUCAAACCCUUGCAGAAACUCAUGCUCCGGCAUGUCCAGAACAAUUCGAUAUGAUCAGCUCCUAUAGAAUUUUCUUCAUCAUUUUAGGUCAUCAGAAGCAUGCUAAAAAAGCUUUACGACCAUAACUGGGGUGAUGCCUGACAUUCCGACCCUUGCAGGCACACGUGUGAAUGGUUCUUUCUCCUCAGUUGCUGCGAAGACUGAAGCAUGCUCACAAUAAUCAAUAUGAUCAAUAGAGUUAUAGUGGGCAGGUCUCAUGUUUAUAAUCUUCAUCCUUUGGGUGAUCAGAAGCAUGCUUCGGAGCAUGUCAAUAAUAUAGGUUAUUUUGAUGUAAUUAUAGUUCGCAGCUCUUUGUUUCUUCAUCCUUGGAAUAUAAUCCUACUUGAGAUUCACACUACAAUGCAGAAAGUUAGUUUGCUAAUUUGUAUUAUAUCUGUUUAUACUGGUCAGUGGUGUAUCAAAUAAGAAUGCUGUUGUGGGAUC